AUGAAUCCAGAAGGCUCUCAGCCAUGUCAGGGAAGCCCCAGUGCCAAGCUGGCCCGAUAUUCAUCCCAGGAGAGCCGAGAACGGGUUCUGGUGUCAGACCUCCACGCUGUGAUUGGCAUAAACGCCUGGUACCCCUGUGACCCUCCUCACUGGAGCUCUGGGGGUGUAGAAGACGCUCUUGGGGGCCUGCCCAGCUCUCCUGCCUGCCUGCCUGCCUGCACCCCCAACAGCUGGCGGGUGGAGACCCUCUUCCAGAGCCCGGAGGAGGGCUGGCAGCUGUACACCUCGGCCCAAGCCCCGGACGGCAAAUGCAUCUGCACGGCCGUGAUUCCCGCGCAGAGCACCUGCUCUCGCGAUGGCCGGAGUCGGGAGCUGCGGCAGCUGAUGGAGAAGGUCCAGAACGUCUCCCAGUCCAUGGAGGUGCUUGAACUGCGGACCUAUCGGGACCUCCAGUAUGUGCGCGGCAUGGAGACCCUCAUGCGGAGCCUGGACGCGCGGCUCCGGGCAGCGGAUGGGUCCGUCUCGGCCAAGAGCUUCCAGGAGCUGAAGGACAGGAUGACCGAGCUGUCACCCCUGAGCUCCGUCCUGGAGCAGUACAAGGCGGACACGCGGACCAUCCUGCGCCUGCGGGAGGAGGUGAGGAAUCUCUCCGGCAGCCUGGCGGCCAUCCAGGAGGAGAUGGGCGCAUACGGGGACGAGGACCCUCGGGGAAAGCCAUUGGGAGGUCGCUGGUAG